AUCUUUAUUUGCUUUAAACACCACCCGCAAAGAUUUGUGCUCCGCCAUUCUAUAAGAAAUACCGAAUCAUCAACAAAGAAACCCGAAAGCCAGAAUGUCUUCCAACAACCCAGAACCCACCUCCUCGAAACGGAAAGCUCCCGAUGAUCGUGUCGCGUCUAAAGCAGCUCCGUCCCAAGCGGUCCACUUCACCGCGCGCAAUCCGCCCUGGACCUAUCUCAAACUACAGCUAAUCCAUCAACCAGGCAUAUCGACCGCCGUCCAAUCUCAGCCUCUCGACCCGCUCACAGCUCGGACAUACAUCAACUCUGCGCUGUCGCAAUUUCUUGGCCUGUCAGGCACAGCUAUCUCAAUCGAUAUCCUUAAAAUCUCCCCCGAAACUCCACAACCGAAGCCCACGGAUAAAUUCAUCUGGGUGCGUGUCCCGCGCGAAGAUGCCCCAGCUGUCGUUGCAGCGGUGAGCUCCUGGAUCGGAGGAGGCACUGGUGGUGGCUCGGUCGGUAGUGUGGCGUGGAGGGUCUGUGCUAAGGGAAAUUAUCUGGGAGCUUUGACUCAGGGGUCCGGGGAAGAUUUGUUCGUUCCAUGAUCUGUGAUGCAGGGGGAAUGUGCGUCUUAGGGAUCUCCCGGUUUAUAUCGGAGAAGCAAGAACGGCGUAGGCUAGGCCGGUUAUUCUCCUACGGCACGGUUAUGCAAAAUCGUAUACAGCACUCGCACGCUGAACCACGAGAAGUUGGGACGAUGUUCAGUCCCUAUAAACGAACUUCACCGGGCAAUGCGAUGAUGUGGAGAACUAACAUCCAGUCUCGGGUCGGGAAACAAUCGGAGGUUUAUCAUGGGACCCAGAUGACUGAAGGAUGGUUUUAGUAGUGACCAAGCGUGGAGCACCAGCUAUAUUUCCGGGCAGUAUAGCAAGCUGCAACAAGGGAACCUCGGGUGUCAGUCGCACCCACGGGAUU